GGCACCUGCAGUUGCGCGCGGGACGGCGGCGGCGGCGGGCGCUGCGGCUGCGGGAAGAUGCGCGCGGGCUCGGGCGCGGGGCGGGCGCCGCUCGUGCUGCUCGCGCUGCUGGGCGCGCUCGGGGCGCGUCCCGGGGGUCUCACCGCGGAGGGCACCUGCAGGACGGGCUUCUCGGCAGAGGAUUACACGGCCUUCAUCUCCCCCAGCCUUCUGGAAGGAGAGAAGCUGCUCAAAGUCAAGUUCAGCAGCUGCUCGGGGCCCGCGGGGACGCAGUAUGAGACCAGCAGCGAGGACUUCAAGGUCGGGACGGACGGGACGGUCUUCGCGGCCCGGGAGCUGCGGGUCCCCUCCGGGCAGGUGGUGUUCACCGUGACGGCCUGGGACUUCCUGACAGCCCAGCGCUGGGACACGGUGGUGCGGCUGCUGGUGGCCGCCCCCUCGACACGCCCCGGACACAAGCCUCUGCGAGGGAAGAAGCCAGCGGGCGCGCAGCCCCCCGGGGACACCCUGCUGCCUUGGGCCCCCCAGCACAGCCCCGGCGGGCUCCGGCGGCAGAAGCGGGACUGGGUCAUCCCCCCGAUCAACGUGCCCGAGAACUCGAGGGGGCCCUUCCCCCAGCAGCUGGUGCGGAUCCGGUCCGACAAGGACAACGACAUCCCCAUCCGCUACAGCGUCACGGGCGUGGGCGCCGACCAGCCGCCCAUGGAGGUCUUCAGCAUCGACUCCAUGUCCGGCCGCAUGUACGUGACGCGGCCCAUGGACCGUGAGGAGCGGGCGUCCUACCACCUCAGAGCCCACGCCGUGGACAUGAACGGCAACAAGGUGGAGAACCCCAUCGACCUGUACAUCUAUGUCAUCGACAUGAACGACAACCGGCCCGACUUCCUCAGCCCCGUCUACAACGGCUCCGUGCACGAGGGCGCCAAGCCAGGCACCUACGUGAUGACCGUCACGGCCAACGACGCGGACGACGACACCACGGCCAACGGGAUGGUGCGGUACCGCAUCAUGGCGCAGAGCCCGCAGAGCCCCUCGCAGAACAUGUUCACCAUCAACAGCGAGACGGGCGACAUCGUGACCGUGGCCGCAGGCCUGGACCGCGAGAAAGUUCAGCAGUACACGGUCAUCAUCCAGGCCACGGACAUGGAGGGCAACCUGAACUACGGCCUCUCCAACACUGCCACAGCCAUCAUUUCAGUGACCGACGUCAACGACAACCCGCCCGAGUUCACGACCAGCACGUUCGCUGGGGAGGUCCCCGAGAACCGCAUGGAGGCCGUGGUGGCGAACCUCACUGUGCUGGACCGGGACCAGCCGCACUCGCCCAACUGGAACGCCGUGUACCGCAUCAUCAGCGGAGACCCCGCAGGCCACUUCAGCGUGCGCACGGACCCCAGCACCAACGAGGGCCUGGUCACCGUGGUGAAGGCCGUGGACUAUGAGCUGAACCGUGCCUUCAUGCUGACAGUGAUGGUGUCCAACCAGGCGCCCUUGGCCAGCGGCAUCCAGAUGUCCUUCCAGUCCACGGCCGGGGUCACCAUCACGGUGGUGGACGUCAACGAGGCCCCGUAUUUCCCAUCCAACCACAAGCUCGUCCGCCUGGAGGAGGGCGCGCGCCCGGGCACGCUGCUGACCACCUUCUCCGCGGCGGACCCUGACCGCUUCCUGCAGCAGGCCGUGAGGUACUCGAAGCUGUCGGACCCCGCGGGCUGGCUGCUCAUCAACGCCACCAACGGGCAGGUCACCACGGCGGCCGUGCUGGACCGCGAGUCCCUCUACGUCAGGAACAACGUCUAUGAGGCCACCUUCCUCGCGGCCGACAACGGAGUCCCCCCGGCCAGUGGCACGGGGACCCUCCAGAUCUAUCUCAUCGACAUCAACGACAACGCGCCCGAGCUGCUGCCCCGGGAGGCGCAGGUGUGCGAGAGGCCGGGCCUGAGCGCCAUCAACAUCACCGCCGCUGACGCCGACAUGGACCCCAACGUGGGGCCCUACGUGUUCGAGCUGCCCUUCGUCCCCGCCGCCGUGCGCAGGAACUGGACCAUCGCCCGCCUGAGCGGCGACUAUGCGCAGCUCCGCCUGCGGGUCUUCUUCCUGGAGGCCGGCGUGUACGAGGUGCCGGUCACGGUCACCGACUCCGGGAACCCGCCGCUGUCCAACACGUCGGUCAUCAAGGUCAAGGUGUGCCCCUGCGACGACCACGGGGACUGUACCACCGCGGGCGCUGUGGCGGCGGCCGGGCUGGGCACCGGGGCCAUCGUGGCCAUCCUCCUGUGCAUCGUCCUCCUGCUGGUGCUGGUGCUGCUGUUUGUGGCCUGGAUGAGGCGGCGCGAGCGAGAGCGUCACACCAAGCAGCUGCUCAUCGACCCCGAGGACGACGUGAGGGACAACAUCCUCAAGUACGACGAGGAGGGGGGCGGCGAGGAGGACCAGGACUACGACCUCAGCCAGCUGCAGCAGCCGGAGGCCAUGGAGCAUGUGCUGAGCAAGGGGCCUGGGGUCCGGCGUGUGGAUGAGCGGCCGGUGGGUGCUGAGCCCCAGUACCCCUCCCGGCCAGUGGUGCCCCGCCCAGGGGACAUAGGCGAGUUCAUCAGCGAGGGGCUGCGGGCAGCCGACAACGACCCCACGGCGCCCCCGUACGACUCGCUGCUGGUCUUCGACUACGAGGGCAGCGGCUCCACGGCCGGCUCCGUCAGCUCCCUGGACUCGUCCAGCUCGGGGGACCAGGACUACGAGUACCUGAGCGAGUGGGGGCCGCACUUCCGGAAGCUGGCGGCCAUGUACGGCGGCGGCGAGGACUAGGCACGCGGACGGACGGACGGACGGACGGACACGGUGCUGGCCAGACCUGGGCCCGGAGCCGAGCGCCGACUCCGAGAAACGAAAGUGCCUUUUGGCGCACGUGUCCGACCUCAUUCAGGACUGGCUGGUGACGCCCGCAGGCCAGCGCUGGCCACAGGGAGGACGGGCACCGGGCGUCAGUCUGAGGAGAAGGGGCGGCUGCCCCCCGCGGUCACGUCCAGCCAGGCUCUCGGGUGCGCGGCUGCCGCGGACAUGGGCUGACCCUGGUGCUGCCCACCUGUGCUGGGGCCACCCCGGCCCCAGUCCACCCCCCCGCAGGCCGGCGCUGGACCUGCCUUCGCCUGCCCACCCUGAGGGGCCAGACCCCUGACCGGCCGGGAGCUGACCUGGGGCCCACGGCCUCUGUCCUGAGCCCGCCCCUCCCCAGCCCCCAGGAGGGCGAAGGUGCCGUGACCAUGACCAGUCCAGCCCCCAGCACUGCUUCAGGGAAGGGGGAGGGGACAGGCCCCGGGGGUCUGCCCUGAGCCCCUGUACGCCCCGAGCUCAUCUGCGAGUUGGGCCGGGCAGGACCUGCGCAGCUGCGUAUCUGGGUGGCUGGUGACCCAGGGUCCUCCCCCCGACCCCCAUUUCCAGCUCUGGGCAGGGGCCGGCCUGGCUGCCCCCCCCCAAGGCCCCGGGGCGGGAGGGGCAGCCUUGACCUGUGUCUCGCCUGGGGCCCCGCCCGAGCCCGGGGGCCUCCACCCGCAUGUCCCGGCAGGGGUCAGGCAGCUGGGAGGGCCGCAGAGUCCAGCCUCGCGGGCCACGCCUCCCGCUGAAGCCUGAGCCCGACGCCCCCGCUGGGUCCGGGGGUCUCUGCCCGACCCAGCAGCCCAGGCGCCACGGGCAGUGGGGCCGCAGGAGGCCUCCGCAGCAGCUCGUCCACGCGGGCCGGGGGCGCCUCGGUGUGUGUCCACUCCAGGCUGCCUCCGCAGACCCCCGUGCUGGCGGCGCCUGCCCCUCCCCCUCCCGCUCGCCGAGCCCCGCCCUGCAUGUUUGUUCGGAAACGGACGUAGCAGCUCGCAUGCCCGUGGUCGUCCUGGGAAGGUUCUGGAGUCUGAUGCAUUCGCGCUGCGCCCGGAGGGCGCCGACACACGUUCCACAUCUUUUGUAACCGUCAACAGCACAACUA